UCGCCUCGCGUGUGCCCGGACCUCAGGCAAGCAACAACAAAUAACGCCCUUUCAAUUACCACCAUGGCCGGGGCACAUCCGUCUGGAUUCAAUCCCCACCUUCCGGGCUUCAAGUAUAAUUUUCUUGCCAAAGCACUAGGAGCAACUAUGUGGUUCUUCAUUUUCUAUCGCGCGAGGAAGGAUGGGAGUGCAAAACUACUGGGCAAUCAUCCAUUCCUUGAGCAUGGUGACCAUGGAGCGCAUGGCGAGCAUCACUGACGCCACAGAAUUGUGGAGAAUGGAGUCCUGGCCUCAUGUAUGGGCGAAGUACGGAAAGAAAUAUCACUACCAAUGUCGCUGGAAGUCUAUUGAGCGACGUAGAAUGAAUGAAUUACUGUCCAAGGCAGCUGAGAG